CCCCAAUCAUAAAAUCUUAAAACUUUCGCUUUUUCAGUUUGCAUACGUCGUGUAAAGUAGUACUACUAGAAUUAUACAGUCCCACGUUAUAAUACACACUUUCUAUAUUAACCAACUCUUUGCAUAUGUAUUUCUACCGAAAGUUUCAAUUCAUAAAUCUUCGCCAUCCAGCUACAGUGCAGCUGCCACCACGCUACCUUGGGUGAAUUUGCAUCUGGGACUUCGUUUGCGCAGCGAAACCCCAGUAGUUCGCCAUGGAUUUUUCCUUCGAUAUUUUCCAAACCUACCGUCAGUACUGCGAUAUUACAUCAAGGGCGAUUAUGAAUAAGUGGGAUAAUCACGGUCCAGAUGACGAGUCGCAGAGGAUAAGAGACUUGAGAGAUGAAUUGGCACAGCUGUGGAAAUUGGUGGAGUCAAAACUCAGCACAAGUGUUUCGAUUCUUGAUGAAGUGUCCAAGCUGAUGUCAAGACUAGACUUGACGGCAGAGUAUUCUGAGUUCUCACGCUUUUACGAUUUUGUGUUCUUCAUUUGCCGGGAAAAUGGCCAAAAAAACAUCACUGUAAGCAGGGCUAUUAUGGCGUGGAGAUUAGUUUUGUCUGGAAGGUUUCGUCUGAUUAAUCAUUGGUGCAACUUUGUGGAGAAAAAUCAACGAUAUAACAUAUCCGAGGACACAUGGCGACAAGUUUUAGCUUUCAGUCGAUGUGUCCAUGAAAAUCUUGAAGGGUAUGACCCUGAAGGAGCAUGGCCGGUACUUAUUGAUGACUUCGUUGAAUACAUGUACAGGAUUAGGGGAAGCCAUCGUAAUUCAUUCUGCAACUGCGAUGACGUGGAAGCCCAACAAGCCGAGAUCACAUCGUCGGGUUUGAAAAACUUCCCCGGUUCAAAGAGGAGGCUCUGGGGUGACAAUCCGCAGACGGGGCAGGACUCGUGUGCAAGUGCAAGCAAUAGUAGCUACACAAGUCCUAAGAGACGGCAUAUCUAUCUCGUAGACAACUCGGUAAAGUUGGACUGCGCCAAGUCCCCCUGCUCCGUUGAGGGGUGUCUGUCGAAGGGCUUUGCGGGGCUUCUCUCUGGCCAUUCGUGUCUCAAUUUUGAGCGCGAUAGACGAGUCCCGUACACAUAGAUUGCGUAGUUGCUGCAGUGUGAGCAUCUUCAAGCUCACACAGAUUUUGAGCCCUGGUUGCAGCGCUUGGGUUUGUCCUUGGUUUGGUUGAGAUGAUUGAAAUCAAUGAAGUUAUUAUAUAUUCAGUCGCUUCUUGUUUCCAAGAAUGGUAAAAUAUCACUUUCUAGUCCAAUGUAUGCCCGUUGUUCAGAAAUGUUCAUAGUUUAAUGGCAAUAUUUACUAAGUAAAUCAUGAACUUA